GCUAUUCUGCCGUGGGAUCUAGCAUCCACAAGUUCUUCCGAAUUCCGCUGUAACAACGUGAGAGAUACGGUUAGUACUGCAGGAUUCACUCCACAGCUCUCACUUUCCACAUACCAUGCUGCGUCUGCUGACUAUCGCCUGCCUGCUGGCGGCAGCCGCCGCUCUGAGCUGUCCACCACCCCCCUGCAAGCCAGAGGAGUGCGGCGAGCUUCCUAACUGCAAGGCUGGUGUCGGUAUCGACUUCUGCCAGUGCUGCCCCGUCUGUCUCCGCGCCGAGGGAGAACCGUGCGGCGGCCAGUACGAGGGUUCGCCCAAAUGCGGAGAAGGUCUCAUGUGCUUCAAGCCUCCUCUCAGAGAGGGGCAGAUCGCCUACAACCAGGACGGAUUCUGCAGGAGGAGGCGCAUCGGCCGCCACUGAGCUGGCUGGCUUCAUAACAAGAGACUGAUGUAUCGGCAUUGCUAAGGCAUUGACAGCGUUGACUAAGGCAUAGGUGAGCCGCUUUGUCUUCGUCUUGGGUUUAGAUGCGCAGCCUCAUCGGUCUUCGGCG